GAGGUAGAAGUGGGAUUUUCACUAAAACCCUAUUCUUCCCUAGACUCCAGUGACAGUUUAACGGUCAAAACCAGCUGCAUCGAGGCUUGUGUACUGUGCAGUCUUCAAAGGCACCACUCUUGUCCAUCUCGGUGAAAUUGAUGGUGGAGCAAAACGGAGUUUAGGUGGUUCCGGGCUGGGGAGGAGGCGUGCAGGGUUUCCGAAGCGAAAGUCGCACCUAACCGCUUCACUCUCGCUCUAGGCCCUCCGCAGGGACGCUGCUUCCACCUGCGAGCUUUUUCUGCAGACUGCGGGAAGCCGCCGCCGCCACGGAGGAGGGGGCGGAGGCAGAGGCGGAGGCGGCACCCAGGGGCCGGGGCAGGGGAGGCCGGGACCAUCGCAGUGACAAUUUCUUUCCCUGCAGCGGCGGCAGCAGGGACGGCUGCUGCAGGCUUGGGGUCGGCCGGCCUGCGCGUGGGUUUGCGAGGACGCUGUUCGUCCCCUGCGCUUGGGUGUCCGACAACGAGGAGGAGGAGGAGAGCGACGCACAGAGCCCGCGCGAGUGGAACCAGCAAAGCUCCACCGGUCGGCAGAGGAGAAGGGGGAGGAGGCACGGCCGAGGCCAGCGAGGGGGCGCCUCCUCGCCGGGUGCCGGUAUCACCCCGCUGCAGCGGCUUCCAGCAAAAGCCACCGCGGCCCGGGUUGCAGCGGCCAGACGGAUGCCAAGGCCACACGGCAGGAGCGGGGGCCGCAGUCGCCGUCCCACGCGGGCUGCGGACAUCGAGGGUCGCUGAUGAAGUGAUUGAGAAGAAACAGUGAACAUCCUCCUUUUACAUUUAAGACAACAUGGAUCAGCCUUUUACUGUGAAUUCUCUGAGAAAGUUAGCUGCUAUGCCUGACCAUACGGAUGUUUCCCUGAGCCCAGAAGAGCGAGUCCGUGCCCUAAGCAAGCUUGGUUGUAAUAUCACCAUCAGUGAAGACAUCACUCCACGACGCUACUUUAGGUCUGGAGUAGAGAUGGAGAGGAUGGCAUCUGUGUAUUUGGAAGAAGGAAAUUUGGAAAAUGCCUUUGUUCUUUAUAAUAAAUUUAUAACCUUGUUUGUAGAAAAGCUUCCUAACCAUCGAGAUUACCAGCAAUGUGCAGUACCUGAAAAGCAGGAUAUUAUGAAGAAACUGAAGGAGAUUGCAUUCCCAAGGACAGAUGAAUUGAAAAACGACCUUUUAAAGAAAUAUGACAUAGAAUACCAAGAAUAUUUGCAAAGCAAAAACAAAUAUAAAGCUGAAAUUCUCAAAAAACUGGAGCAUCAGAGAUUGAUAGAGGCAGAAAGGAAGCGGAUUGCUCAGAUGCGCCAGCAGCAGCUAGAAUCCGAGCAGUUUCUGUUUUUCGAAGAUCAACUCAAGAAGCAAGAAUUAGCCCGAGGUCAGAUGCGAAGUCAGGAAACCUCGGGGCUGUCAGAGCAGAUUGAUGGGAGUGCUUUGUCCUGCUUUUCCACACACAAGAACAAUUCCUUGCUGAAUGUAUUUGCAGAUCAACCUAAUAAAAGUGAUGCAACCAAUUAUGCUAGCCACUCGCCUCCUAUAAACAGGGCCUUAACACCAGCUGCUACUCUAAGUGCUGUUCAGAAUUUAGUGGUUGAAGGACUGCGAUGUGUAGUUUUGCCAAAAGAUCUUUGCCACAAAUUUCUGCAGCUGGCAGAAUCUAAUACAGUGAGAGGAAUAGAAACCUGUGGAAUACUCUGUGGAAAACUGACACAUAAUGAAUUUACUAUUACCCAUGUAAUUGUGCCAAAGCAGUCUGCGGGACCAGACUAUUGUGACAUGGAGAAUGUGGAGGAAUUAUUCAAUGUUCAGGAUCAACAUGAUCUCCUCACUCUAGGAUGGAUUCAUACACAUCCCACCCAAACUGCAUUCUUAUCCAGCGUUGAUCUUCACACUCACUGUUCCUAUCAACUCAUGUUGCCAGAGGCCAUUGCCAUUGUUUGCUCCCCAAAGCAUAAAGACACUGGCAUCUUCAGGCUCACCAAUGCUGGCAUGCUUGAGGUUUCUGCUUGUAAAAAAAAGGGCUUUCAUCCACACACCAAGGAGCCCCGGCUGUUCAGUAUAUGCAAACAUGUGUUGGUAAAAGACGUAAAAAUAACUGUGUUGGAUCUGAGGUGAUAUGCUCUGAAUAUAAGCACCAUCAACAUCAGAUACCUACCCAUGGACAAGUGGUUGCCGGAUUUUCUUAAGAUGUUUCCAGAAAAGACUCAUAUUUUAUAUUUAUAUAUUUUAGAUUAGAAAGCUUGAUAUUUAUUAUUGUUGCACAUUUUGAAGUUUUUUUUUUUUUUUUUUGGUUGCUCCGUGUCAAGAGAGGUUACAUGGUGUUAAAUCAUUAAUGUACCCAAAUACUAUGACCAGGUAAUAAAUUGUGCUGCGAACAA